AUGAUGUACGACGAUGAGGAGGAGGAGGAGAUGGAGCAUAUGGAGGACGAGGCUGAGGAAAUCGACAUCGACGAAAUCACCAGCGAACAAUGGCAGGUUACAUUGGCUGGUGUUUUUCUUUUUUUCGGAAGGAAAAGGUUCAGGAAGCCUGUUGGGUCGUGAUCAGCGCCUACUUCGACGAAAAAGGUCUCGUUCGUCAACAACUGGAUUCUUUCGACGAGUUCGUCCAAAUGAACGUCCAAAGAAUCGUGGAAGACUCUCCGCCGGUCGAGUUGCAGUCAGAAGUUCAACAUUUGCAAGGUAUCUUGUGGACCUCCCUAAAAAUGCUACUUAUCUUUUAAGGCGAUCUUGAAAACCCGACCAAAUUCUCCCUCAAAUUCAACCAAAUCUAUCUUUCGAAACCCACUCACUGGGAAAAAGACGGUGCUCCCAUGCCGAUGAUGCCCAAUGAGGUUCAACAAAAACGGAAAACUCACCCUUUUUGGUUCAAUUGAAGGCACGCCUUCGUAACUUGACCUAUUCAUCUCCUUUGUACGUUGACAUCACCAAACAGAUCCAACAAGACGACGAUGUCACCGAGAAAACUUAUGAGAAAGUUUUCGUCGGGAAAGUUCCAGUUAUGCUUCGGUCAGUGAUUGAAACCGACCACUCGGAAUAUUUUGUUGUUUUAGGUCGAGCUACUGUAUGUUGUCCAACAUGACAGAUCGCGAUUUGACCGAACUUAACGAGUGUCCACUCGAUCCUGGCGGCUAUUUUGUCAUCAAUGGCUCUGAGAAGGUAGACAUCAUUUUGUUGAUUCCGUAAAACUGUCGCGCAGGUUCUUAUUGCUCAAGAGAAAAUGGCUACCAACACAGUUUACGUUUUCUCGAUGAAAGAUGGAAAGUACGCGUUCAAGACAGAGUGUCGGUCUUGCUUGGAGAACUCUAGGUUUUCCUGGCUUAAUUUAAAAAUAAUCGCAAGAUGAACUGCAGCCGUCCGACGUCAACCAUGUGGGUGAACAUGAUGUCCCGAGGAGGUGGAAGUGGGAAAAAGACGGCCAUGGGCCAGAGAAUCAUCGCCAUUUUGCCUUAUAUCAAGCAGGUGUUCUAAAUAUAGGAAGUUUUUUUUAUUUGAAAAUUCUCAUAGGAAAUUCCUGUGAUGAUUGUUUUCCGAGCCCUUGGAUUCGUAUCAGACAGAGAUAUCCUUGAGCACAUCAUCUACGAUUUCGAAGACCCGGAGAUGAUGGAAAUGGUGAAAGCCGUCGCUCGACGAAGCCUUCGUUAUCCAGGUAUUCAUCGUUAUAAGAAAAAGCUCCCCGAAAAGAAUAUUAUUGGAAAAAAAUUCAGAGAAACGGUGAAUAUUUUAAAAAAAGGAGAACUGGGAAUCACUGAAGCAUUGAUAUAAUUGAAAUUUCUAUAUAAAAUCUCGAAUCGAAAAAAAAUCUGAAGUGAAUGGGAUUGAGAACAAUUUCGAUGAACAUCUGGUGAGGUUCCAGCGAGAACCUUUUUUUCUUCUUUUUGCGAGUAUUUCUUGAAGUUUUUUCAGUAAAUUUAAAUGACUGGACUAUGUAUGUUGCUUUUUCUCGAUCUCAAAAAUAUUGAACAUAAAUUAUAAUUCCUCGAUAACUUCCUCGAAAAUUUAUCUAUUUUUUUUAAGGAACAAAACGUCGCUCUGAAUUUUAUUGGAGCCCGUGGUGCGAAGCCUGGUGUCACCAAAGAGCAGAGAAUCAAGUAUGCGCGAGAAAUUCUGCAAAAAGAGUUGCUCCCGCACGUCGGCGUGUCGGAGCAUUGUGAGACUAAAAAGGCUGUAUGCGGAUCAAUAUCUGACUUUUCUUCCACCGCUUGGUUCAGUUCUUCAUCGGCUACAUGGUCCACCGACUGCUGCUGGCUGCACUGGGAAGACGCGAACUCGAUGACCGAGAUCACAUCGGGAACAAACGCCUCGAUCUCGCAGGACCGCUUCUCGCUUUUCUCUUCCGAGCCCUUUUCCGCAACUUGCUCAAAGAGGUUGCCUUCAAAUCGGGACGUCAAUCACCGUGUCUUCAGAUGCGUUUGACGGCUCAAAAGUACAUCAACAAGAACGGCGACUUUGCUCUGGAAGUUUGCGUGAAGACUUCGACGAUCACCCGCGGACUGGCUUAUUCGCUGGCCACUGGAAACUGGGGCGAUCAGAAAAAAGCUCAUCAGUCCAGAGCCGGCGUUUCUCAGGUAUUCCAUAAAUGCCAUAAAUGCCAAUUUUACGACGACAUUUGUCCAAGUCCUUCUUUGAAAUCUCACUCGAAGUCAUAAUUCCAAAUGUUCAAUCAAAACGAAUUUCCAAAUGAGAAUAUUUCAUUUCGAAUAUCAAUUUUUGAAGUGGCUAGGAACAGACAAACUAAAUGUGGAAAAUCGGAGAGACGUGAGAUAAAAAUGAAUAAGAAACCAAAUUUCCAGGUGUUGAACCGUCUGACGUACACAGCGACGUUGUCUCACUUGCGUCGCGCAAAUUCGCCGAUUGGAAGAGAAGGAAAAUUGGCCAAGCCUCGACAGUUGCACAACACUCAAUGGGGAAUGGUUUUGAUUGAAUUCGAACCUCUUUCUGUACUUAAAUAUUCAGGUUUGUCCUGCUGAAACGCCUGAGGGCCAAGCUGUGGGACUUGUGAAGAACUUGGCCCUAAUGGCGUAUAUUUCCGUCGGUUCUCUUCCGGAACCUAUUCUUGAGUUCUUGGAGGAGUGGUCGAUGGAAAACCUCGAAGGUAUUUGACGAUAGACAAACAAUAAAGCAAAACUCAUUUUCUUUUUAAGAGGUAUCGCCUUCUGCAAUCGCUGACGCGACCAAAAUCUUCGUGAACGGCGCCUGGGUCGGAAUUCAUCGCGAUCCCGAUCAUCUGAUGUCGACGCUGAAGAAACUCAGACGACAGAUGGACAUCAUCGUGUCCGAAGUCUCGAUGGUCAGAGACAUCCGAGACCGCGAGAUCCGCAUCUACACGGACGCCGGUCGCGUUUGUCGGCCUCUGCUCAUUGUGGAGAACCAGAGGCUCGCACUCAAAGCCACGCAUAUAAACCGACUCAAAGACACGGAAAACAAGUUUUCUUGGUCUGAUCUCGUGGCCGGAGGCGUUGUGGAGCUCAUCGAUGCAAUGGAAGAAGGUUUUUCUCCUUCAGUUGAGACCCGUUCUAGCCUUUUUCUUCCAGAAACGGUGAUGCUGGCCAUGAUGCCGGACGAUCUGAAGGUUGGCGGCUACUGCGACACCUACACCCACUGCGAAAUCCAUCCGGCGAUGAUCCUCGGAGUCUGCGCCUCCAUCAUUCCUUUUCCCGAUCACAAUCAGAGUCCUCGUAAUACUUACCAGGUUUUUUUUUUAAUUUUUUUUUCGGGCGGAAGACUUUUAUUUAUUUUUUUAUAAUUUUACACUGCACAUUUCGAUGAACAUUUAAAAUUGGAAAUUUUCUUUGUGCGUCUGAACGGACGACUUUUUUUUUUCAAAAUAAAUCCAAUCUAUUAACAGUUUCCACAACUCUUUGUUUUCUCGAAAAAAAUGAUAAAAAAAUCUGAAAAAAAUUUUUAACACGCAAUUUUGGGGUUGAAAAAUUAAAUUAUUUUUUUCAAAAAAAGUAAAAAAAAUUAGGACUGCAAAUUUUGCAAAAAGCCAAGACCAGCUUUGAAAAAAAUUUGCUAUUCCAUUCAAUUAUAUUUUUUUCAAUGCUGUAUCAUUAAUUUCAGAAUAAACUCUGCCUAAACUCUGCCUAAACGGAAAAUUUAAUGUCUUUUUCUUGAGGUUGUAAAGUUUAACUCAUGAUCGAGGUUUUUCUUUUUAUUUUUCUCUUUUUUGAAAAAAGUUUAUGACAAUCCAACACUUUUAAACGAAAAGCUGAUUCAAACGGAAAUUAUCAUUCAAAAAUAUUUAUUCCGGCAUUCAGAGUGCUAUGGGUAAACAAGCAAUGGGAGUUUACACGACGAAUUUCCACGUUCGGAUGGACACUCUUGCCCACGUUUUGUACUACCCUCAGAAGCCGUUGGUCACGACGAGAUCCAUGGAAUAUUUGAGGUUGCCCGACCUGGAUCACCCUAUCCCAAUGCUUUUUUCGAAAGGUUCAACGAGUUGCCCGCUGGAAUCAACGCGAUCGUCGCCAUUUUGUCUUAUUCCGGAUAUAACCAAGAAGAUUCCGUCAUCAUGAACAACUCGGCCAUCGAUCGAGGGCUUUUCCGAUCGGUAUUUGAAAUGAAUGCCGAAGUUUCUGAACAAAUACGGCCCAGGUGUUCUAUCGGUCUUACCGCGACAACGAGGCCAACGUCGACAAUCCGAACGAGGAGUUGAUCGAGAAGCCGACGAGAGACAAGUGUUCUGGAAUGCGACAUGCGCUCUACGAGAAGGUUCUCUCACUAAUUUCACGAGCACCCCGGUUAUACGGAUACUUUUUUAAAGCUUGACGACGAUGGAAUUAUUUCUCCUGGAAUGCGUGUUUCGGGAGAUGACGUCAUCAUUGGAAAAACUGUCGCUUUGCCAGAAAUCGUGAGGAAUCCUUCUUAUGACUUUUUCAUCAAAUAUUGCCGAAUUGUUAUGAAUCCAAUUGAAAAGGUUUUUGCAGUGUUAAUAACUGUCAUUUUUUCAACUUUCGUCAUGGGCUAUAAGAGAAAAAUAGAAAUAAGUUUUUCGAAGCUACACAGAUUUAAUUUGAUUUUCAUCGUUGUUAAUUUCAUAAAGGGGAUAUCGUUUUUCACGCUUAUUUUUUGCAGGAUGAUGAUCUCGAUGCUCAAGGAAAGAAGUAUUCGAAGAGAGAUUCCUCGACUUUCUUAAGAAGUUCAGAAACCGGAAUUGUCGAUCAGGUACUUUAGUGAGUUGAGAGAUUAUCCUCUUGUUUCAAGGUGAUGAUGUCGUUGAACAACGACGGCAACAAGUUCGUCAAGAUCCGCGUUCGGUCGGUUCGAUCGCCGCAAAUUGGCGAUAAGUUUGCAUCGCGACACGGACAGAAAGGUACCAUGGGAAUCAUGUACCGACAGGUAGAACCCUGGAGAUUUUCUCUCCUUGAAGGGGAUCUUCCAGGAAGACAUGCCGUUCACCUGUGAAGGUCUCACUCCGGACAUCAUCAUCAAUCCGCACGCCGUUCCUUCUCGAAUGACCAUUGGCCAUCUUAUCGAGUGCUUGCAGGGCAAGGUGAAUAAUAAUUGUCAGAAAGAAAGGAUUUUUUAAAAUUCAGAUGUCUAAAAAUUUGUUACACUAUUAAGUUUGAUGUUAGGAGCGCGAAAUGUGUCAAAUCCUAAAUUUAGAAUUUUCUUUGUUUAUCCUUCGCUAUGGAUAUAAUGAUUAUAGAUACAUACAAGAAAAGAAGAAAUGGGAAAAUAAACGGAAUUGAUUCGACCAAUAACCAGAUAACGAGGUGUUAUUUUAAUAGAAAGCUUUAGAUUUGUUCAAACGAAAAAAACCAAAAUAAUAAGUUUUUAUAAUUUUUGAAAACGGAUUCACCCAUCCUAACAGUUUCAACGAUAUACUUUUUCCCAAUAAAAAUAAAAUAUUUCCAGCUUUCGGCUAACAAGGGCGAAAUUGGGGACGCGACGCCGUUCAACGACACGGUAAACGUGCAGAAAAUCAGCAACUUACUCCAGGAGUACGGCUAUCAUCUUCGUGGCAACGAAGUGAUGUACAACGGACACACGGGCGGCAAGCUCACCACACAGGCAAGAUUCACAGGAGCCGCGUGUUGAUCGAAGAAAGCCCCAGAUCUUCUUCGGACCCACCUACUACCAGCGUUUGAAGCACAUGGUCGACGAUAAAAUCCACUCGAGAGCCCGCGGUCCCAUCCAAAUGAUGAACCGCCAGCCCAUGGAAGGAAGGGCCAGGUUUGAAACAGUCCAUCUUUUUCGCAGAGCAGCCUUGGAAGUUUUUUUUCGAAAUCUUUAAAGAAGGACUUCAGAGAUGGUGGCCUUCGUUUUGGAGAAAUGGAGCGCGAUUGUCAAAUAUCCCACGGCGCCACCCAGUUCCUUCGUGAAAGGCUUUUCGAGGUUUCCGACCCCUACCACGUCUACAUCUGCAACAACUGUGGCCUGAUCGUCGUCGCCAACUUGCGAACCAACAGUUUCGAGUGCAAGGUUCAUCUGCCCUCCGCUUGUUUCCCUGCUUCAAUCCUGGUUUUAAGGCUUGCCGCAACAAGACGCAGGUUUCCGCGGUGAGAAUACCCUACGCCUGCAAGCUUCUCUUCCAAGAACUCAUGUCCAUGUCGAUCGCUCCAAGGCUAAUGGUUCAGGCGGCGACGAACUGA